AUGGUGAAUAUGAAAUCCAUCCACCAAGUGAAUAAUAUUGGAGAUAGCUUUAUGUAUCCAAAAAAUUCUGUUGAUAGAACAGAUACAAUAAACAGAAGAAAAGAUGAAUAUAAGAUGAGUAUGAAUUUCCAUAAGAAAACCGAAGAAUCAAAUAAACGUACAAAAAAUAAUUAUGAAUAUUUAGAUUCUACUCAUUUGGAAAUGUUAGAUUUAAACAAAGACAUUCAAAACAUUUUACCAAAACCAAUUAAGCCAUCUAUAAAUUUAGAAAGUUUAUGUAAAGAAACUAGCGCUACUUUAAAAAAUAAUAGUACAUUGAAAAGUAUAAAAAAGGUAGAAGAACAACAAAAAAAUAUAAAACAUUUUUAUGAAUUGGGAUCCCCUCAAAUUAUAGGUACAUAUAUUCAGCCAUUAAAUAAAAAUCAAAAUAAUAGUGUAAAAGAUGAUAAUUUGGAAAACAAUAGUUUCCCUUUAGCACCAUCGUCUCCAUUCUUUCAACCACCAAAAUUUUCUACGAAACUAACUCAACCAACUAAUCAGUUCUUAUCUACCAAUAUAAAUAAAAGUACAAAUAUAUAUGGCUUACCAUCUUAUUUAAUUCCUGAAAAUAAGCCUCAUCGCUUAAAUGUUACAGUUGUACCUAACAAAGAUAAAGAUAUUUUGGAAAAAGAAGCAAAACAUUUAAAGUUGUUAUUAGAUAAUUCAUCUCAAGGUAUUGUUAAUUCUACACCUGAUUAUCAAAAAAUCAUUGAUUCUAAUUUGUCAAAUAAUAAUGAUAAAGAAAGUGACUUCAGCUUUGGAAAGCAUGAAAAUUUGGAAAAUAUGCAAGAUGAAUAUAGCUACGAAAAUAUUACAGACAAUAAUUACAACGAUUCAUUGAUUAAUGAAUUUUAUGAUACUAAUAAUUGUACCUGUUAUAGCCAAAUGAAUGAACUAAUUAAUCAUUCAAAUUAUAACAAUGAAAAUGAUUUUCAUUUAUUGUCAAAUGAACAAUUAAAAAAAGUAAAUAAAGAAUUGAACCAACCAAAGGAUAAUGUAAAUAAUUUAAAUAAAUCAAAUGAAAAAGAAAAAGAUAUAAAAAAUAAUUCGUUAUCAAAAAAAACAGAAUCAAUAAAAAAAAAGGAGUCUAUUUCUUUGUCAAAAAAACAUGAGCCAUCAAUAUGCUUUAAAAACCCUAAGACAUAUAUAAAUAUACGUUUAGGAAGACCAAAAAAACUUUAUAUAACUAACAGUUCUGAUCCAAUUGAUAAAAAAUUAAGAGAUUGGCAUAACACACAUAAUAGUCAAAUAGGAUGGAAAAAAAAUAGAAGAGGUGUUUAUACCUUUGGAAAAACAGAAGUUGUUUUAAAUUUAGCUCACGAUAAAAUUAUAGUAAAGAAAAUUAAUGGAAAAGAUAUUAAAGAUAAUCUGUUAACUGUUGAAAAAUUUGUUUCAUUAAAUGAAUUAUAUGAGCUUCAACAAGAAGAAAAUGAUAAUGAAUUAAAAAUAAAAAACAAGAAAAAUUCUCAGUUUUUCUAA